ACACUGGCAACAUUGACAGUUGUCACUCAUUUUAGUCAACAUGGCGGCCCAAGAUGAAGUUGACGUAUGUGAAAGUUGGGAGGAUAUGGACGAAAUAAGUUUCGAGCAGAAACUCAAGCUGAUGUCAACAGAACCCGCCACUGUGAGCAUACAAAAAGAACGCAAGGUUACGAACGUAAUUGUGGAAGAGAGCGCGUGUAUUGGAUCCCAGUGCGUGAUGCCAGAACCUACUUUUACAAUACUCAAGCGGCCGUCGUCGCUGGGCAGCGGCCAGCUGAAUGGCGAGAGCCGAGCGCGGCCAGUCAAGACCUUGGAGCAGAGACGCAAGGACUACGAGGAGGCGCGGCUCCGCAUCCUGGGCGAGGCGCGCAGCCCCGAGGACGUCAUCGACGACAACCUCAGCCGCCUGCAAGAAAAACUCCAGCCCAAUAAUGUGAAGGACACUCAAAACAACCAAAAUUCAGGCAAGAAUACAGUGCAGAAUAAUUGUAAUAACCAGAACAAUGCCAAAGGGAAGGAACGUAAAGUCCUCGCAAGGUUACCACCGGGAGCCACCAACUCUGGAGUGUUCCCCUCUCCACCUCCCCCCGGUGUGCUCGUCAUCCGCACCCCACGGGGACCAGACGGGACCAAAGGAUUCACACGGAGGUAGCAUUAUCCCAAACGUCAGCCCGCUCAGAUAAUAAGCAUCAUAUAACUUUUGCUCUUAUUAAAGACAUUUAUCUUAAGUGAGCAACGAGCUUACCUUGUACAUAUAAGUGAUUUACAUAUUGUGCAUGUGCUUCUCAUUCAAAGUUCACAGUGAAGUUACUUGCAGGCAAUGGGUUAUUGUGUAAAAGGCUGAUUCCAGUAGAAAAUUUGUGAAAUGAUUUGACUUAUAAACUUAUACAGUCAUAAUUUUGUAAAUAAAGUUUCUUCUGGAACAUACUUACACCCCAAAACAAUCCUUUUGCAAGUCAGCAUACUAUGUGAGUUAUAUGAAUGAUGAUGAGCAAAAUCCAAUGUCAGAA